UAAUUAAUUAAUGAUGUAUUUAUUUAUUCAAUUUUGGCACAAAAAAUCCUCCAUAGCUGCAAACAAGUCUACCACAAUAUAAAAUGCACCUUGUUGAUAUUGAGUAGAAAAAGGAGAUAGUCAUUUUGAAUAGUAAACGUAUCAUAGCAUAUGGAAGGAAAAAAAAAAAGGAAUUGGUCUUCAACAGGUCUUAAAAUGAAAGUAAAUACAACCUCAGAUGAACAACCACAGGAGAUAAUAUUCUAUUUAGCUGUUGGUUUGUUUUUCUUAAAAAAUAAAGUAAAAACAUAAAGAUAUAGGGCUGAGGGAUAUUUAUCAAAUGCACUUGAUAGCAUACGAGCACGUCAAUGAAAGCACAUGGUUUGCUGUUCUGGAGCAUUCACGUGUACUCCGUAGCUCCCCGUUUUUAUUCUGUCUGCGUGGAGUUUGCACGUUCUACUUGUGCUCGUUUCCUCUGGUUUCCUCUGGUUUCCUCCCACAGUCCAAAACCGAGUAUACCAGGCUAAUUAGUGACUAAACUGCUUAUACUAGUGAUUGUGAGCAUGUUUGUGUGGAUGUGGCCCUGCGAUUGGUUGGCGGCCUGUCCGGCUAUACCCCUGACUUUCAUCUGAAGAAACCAGGGAUUCAUUACUCUGAAUAGGAAGAAGCAGGGAUGGGUGUUCCUCUCUCUGAGUAGCUGUUAGCGCCCCGUCAGAAUCCCUCCCUGACUCUGCAGACUGACAGUGCAAGACUACUGCAGGUAAGAUACCAACUACUCUUAAGUGCCUCACACAACUCCUACCUCAGCAAAACGAAAGACAAAAAAACCCCCAGACCUGGUAAAAACCAUGGUGUGCAUGAGUUUUCACAUGCCUGAAGGUGUCUUUGUCUGGUCUAGGGCUUGGCUGGGCUUGUCCCGUCUUAUCUUUCCCCGGGCUGUCAGCAGCAGAUCCGUUGGAUCUUUUGUAGGGCCGUGGUGGACCCAGCCAGUUCUGAAACAGAUUCUUGAUCAAGUUUGGAACAAGGACAUGUUGUGUUUGGUCUCUACCUGUUGCUCCUCAUAGACAAAUAGUCCUAGACUCUUUGGAGGGCUCAUUGUUUGAACGAACAUUUUCUGCAAAUGUGGAUAAAAGUUCUGCAGCCUGUGAUUAAUUUAGAUGAGUGUUUUGUCUGCCUGGUUUUGCUGUGUACCUGUUUCCACUCUGUAAAAAGCAUCUGUUUGACUUCUUUUUGACUUGAGUAAAAAUGUUUGCACAUUCAUAAAUUUUUUUUGUGGCUCUUGUCUAAGAUUUGUUUUCCUUUCUUUUUGUUUUUGUCUCCUAAUUCUUGCGCACAAACACAGACUAUUAUAAGAUAGUCACGUCUCCCAUGGACCUGGGUACCAUCAAGACACGGCUGGAGAACGACUACUACUGGAGUGCGAGUGAAUGCAUGCAGGACUUCAACACCAUGUUCACCAACUGCUACAUAUAUAACAAGCCUACAGAUGAUAUUGUGCUGAUGGCACUUGCCUUGGAAAAGAUAUUCUUGCAAAAAGUUUCCCAGAUGGUUCAGAACGAAGUGGAGGUGUUUCCUCACGCAGCCAAAGGGAAGGGUAAAGAAAGUAGCCCUCCAGAAAAAAGGAAGAUGCAUGAAAGUGGCGGCAAAGCCAUCACUCCUUCAAAAAUUAAAGAAACAAGGGAGCGGCCGCAAAACAAUCCAGACCAAAGCAGCCUGAGCCAUCAGCUGAAGUACUGCAACGAUAUCCUGAAAGAAAUGAUGUCCAAGAAACAUUUGCCCAACGCCUGGCCGUUCUACCAGCCUGUAAAUGCUGAAGGUCUGGGGCUACAAGAUUACCAUGACAUCAUCAAAUACCCCAUGGAUCUCAGCACUGUUAAAAAAAAGAUGGAUAAAGAAGAAUACCAGGACGUGCAACAGUUUGCUGCAGAUAUGCGGCUGAUUUUCUCAAACUGCUACAAAUACAACCCCUCACAUAACAGAAUUGUGGGUAUGGCUCGAAGACUCCAGGGAGUGUUUGAGCAACAGUUUGCAAAAAUGCCAGAAGGGCAUGUGGAAUUACCUGCUCCAGUUGGCGCCAAGUCUGAUAAGAGUGCAGCUUCCUGUGAGCUAAAUGGCAACAGUUCCUCCAAUUUGGACAAAUUGGAGUCGGCGGAGGAAUGUGCCAUCCAAAUUCAUGAGGUACAAGAUCAGAUUAAAACUUUUCACGAACAACUUGGUGCACUGUCUGGAGCCCCGGUGAAUAAUCCAAAGAUGAGGAAGGAAAAGAACAAGAAGGAGCUUAUUAGGCAAAGCACACAAACUACAAGCUCCGAGUGUUCUCGGCAGUCAGAGAAAGGGAGUAAAGACUGGGAUUCAGAUGACGAAGCCUUGCCGAUGACGUACGAGGAGAAGCACCAGCUGAGUCUGGAGAUCAGCCGGCUACCUGGCACCCAGCUGGGCCGCGUGGUGCGUAUCAUCAAGAGGCGAGAGCCCUCCACCUGCAGCUCCGACUUGGACGAGAUCGAGAUCGACAUCGAGAUACUGAAGCCAUCCACUCUGCGCGAGCUGGAGCGAUACGUCACGUCUUACAUAUACAAGGAGUUCAAGAAGUUUCAGAAGAGGAGCAGGGAAACGGCGUCUCCAUCUCCUCAUGGCAGCAGAAGCAGCUCCUCAGAUCCUGCCUCCAGCUGCUCGUCUGACUCCAGUCAAGAAGACGGUGCCUCAUGAUCACUGAGUUAUAUUUAUUUCCCGUUUUGUGGCCAAAAUUACGUUGCUUAUUUUUCUAUCGGUUAGAAUAGAUGUUCGUUAUGUUUUAAAAUUAAAAGUUUAUCG